AUGGCUAGUAUGGAACAAGAAUUAUUGCCAUUUCUUGAAAAUAUUUCAUCCUAUUCUGAUGAUAUUUUCUAUAAAUUCGUCAGAGAAUUUGUUGGUAUCAUAGAAAGUGAAAUUUUAGAAAUACAACGUAUCAAAAAUGUUCGAAUUUUAUUACAAGUACCAGAUGUAUUCUUAUUUUUUCAAAUAAAUUCUAAAGAUAUAUUAAAAUUAAAAGAAAAAGCUUGUUUUGUUACGGAUGAUUUGCAGUUUAUUGUACGACCGGGAAUUAAAUCUAAUAUCGAACAAUUUAUUGAAACAUUGAGAAAGUAUUACGAAUCAACAUCAGCUAAUGUCAAUUAUGUUUCAUCUCAAAGAACAUCAAAUGUAAUUAAAAAAACAGAUCAUUGUAUGUGUGAUUUAAUAGAUAUUUAUCAAGAAAAUCAAUCAAAAUCAUUUAUCAAUAUUUUUGUUAGCAAUCUGUUGAAGAAUAUGAAACGAUCUAGUAAUAAUUACCAAUUCGAUGAUACUGUUAAUAAAUUUGCAUCAGUUCUCCAUAUAUUAGCUGGGCAUAAUGCCUAUGAAUUCAUUCGACUUAAUUUGCCAGGAUCUCUACCUUCUAUUACCACGUUAAAAACUUAUAAUCAAAAUAUAAAUUUGCAAUUAAGAGAAUGUGAAUUUCGAUUUGAUUGUCUGAAAGAUCAUUUAGAAUUAAUUGAUUCUAAUCAUGUAUUUCUGUCAGAAGACUCAACUGGUGUUAUUAUUUCGGUAUCUUACGAUAGUAGAAAUGAUUGUUUUAUUGGAUUUUCUCCUCGAUUAGUAAAUGGUUUACCUUUUGUUGAUCACUUCAAAACCAAUAGGUACACCGAACUGCAACAAUGGUUUGAAGAUUUUGAUAAAUCCACAUUAGUAAAUGCACAUUUAGUCGAACCUUUAUUAAGCAAUUCUUCAUCAUUAGUUCAUUCACGACCAUUUAUUCUUUCUGCUUAUGGAACAAAUAAUAAAUAUACUGCUAUAGAUAUUCUUCGAAAAUGGAUGUAUUUGUAUAAUGAAUGUAAAAAAAGAAAUAUUAACGUUGUCGGUUUUUCAACGGAUUGUGAUCCGCGUUACCUCAAAGCUAUGCAAUUGUCCUUAGGUUUCUUUACUAAAGCACCAAACAUCGAUUUAUUAACUGGCAAUAAUAAUUUACUUGAAAUCAAUAUUGCGUCACAUUGGAAUUUCUUUUUUAUAAGAUCAACUCAACCAUAUCUUUGUAUGCAAGAUGCAGAGACUGAUAUUCUUACUCGCUUAUACUAUGGUGGGGUAGUAACUUUCUCAUAUCGAAUGUGGUGGAGUAGUAUUCAAAUUAAACAAAAUUGUUCUCAAAAGGAAAAGGAUAAUUGUUUUGUAGCAAGGGCUGCUUGGUUAUCAUCGGAAUUGAAUGUACAUUGUUUAACAGCAAUAAUUAUUUUAGUAUCUGAAGGACGUUUACCAUCUUAUGCAGUUAAUACACAUCUUUUUUCCAGUCAACCUUGCGAGGCGACAUUCCGCAGCGCUCGGGCAUUGACUGGAACUCUAUCGACCGUAACAAACUUCUCUGUGUUCACUUUUUUACAAAAAAUCGGGAAAAUUUCUAUUCUAAAUAAAACAAAAUCUACAGAUGAGGCAAAUUGUGCCGCACAUUCAUUAAAAUUUCCUGUUCAUCACAAAAGUCGACAUAGAGAAACAACCAUGUCUGCAAAUACCCCUAUUACAUCAACAAUAACAAGCGAUGAUAUAGAAAAAAUUAUUAUUAAAGCCUAUCAUCAAGCAGAAUCUAUUAUGGAUAGUUUACAAUUAACUAAAACACUAAAGGAAAAUAAUUUAAAUGACUUCAGAAAACUUAAUGAUUUUGUUUUUCAACAACUUACUGGAAAAUUAAAAGUAGAUUAUUCGUAUUUUAAUGAAGAAGAUCUUCAAGAUAGUUUAGAUAAUGAUAAUAAUAGUAAUGGUGAAAUUGCUGUUGAACUUUCCGAAACAAAUGUCGAAGCGAAUGAAUAUUGUUCAGAUGAAGAUGAAGAAAAUAAUUAUCGUAUAACAAGCUCGAAAGAGAUUUUUCAAGGAUUGAGGGUUUACGAUGAAAUCGAUCCAUCGAAAAAGUCUCAUUAUUUUCCAAUUACCAUUAAUUAUAAACCGAAAUUUAUUCAUAAACAAACAGCAGCACGAUUAUUGACUAUAGAGAAAAACCGUUUAUCAUCAGAUAGACAAACACGAGUUCAACAAAUAAGCAAGCAACGUUAA